AUGAAGUCAGUGUAUGCCAUUCAGAAGCUACCCGGGCACUUUUCAUGGCCCCACUCCAAAAGUGAUCGACAGGGCGAAUGGUACAAGGUUUUCGCUUUUCCAGACUACCGAUUUCCCGGACCCUUGUCUGUCGUCAAUGCCAAGGAAAAGAUCCAUAGUGCCAAAUAUCUGUCACAGGGCUUUCUUCAGCACAAUGUCCUACGCUCCGAAUCUCAAAUAGAUGAAGUCCUUCGAGGGCUCUUUGGUUGGUUUGAUCACGCAGCAGAAAACCAAAAGUCGAUGGAGCUUGGGGACUUUUUUUCGUAUGCGGCGUACGAUAUCACGGGGGAAAUUACAUUUUCCAAGACUUUUGGAUUUAUUGAAAAGGGCGAGGAUAUUGGAGGUGCCAUUGCAAACAAUGAGGCCAUUGAGCUUUUCUUGACCGUCUUUGGGUUCUUUCGAUGGAUCAGUUAUGUCUUUUGCAAUCCACUAACAACAUGGAUGGAGCUGUUGCCCAUUGGCCACCUCGGCGCCAUCACCAAGAGCGCCCUCGAGGAGCGCAAGAAGAACCCCGAUGCUCGCUUUGAUAUAUGUGCCCACUGGUACCGGGCUUUGGGUAAAGCCGGUGAUGUCAAUCUUGUCUGGGAUGAAGGUCGAUUGUUUGCUGCCGCCAUGAGCAACCUGGGUGCCGGAUCAGACACACUUUCAUGUAGUCUUCAGAGUUUAAUCUAUCAUGUCAUACGUGAGCCCAGGGUCUGGAAACGUCUCCAGGACGAAGUGGGUGAGGCCGUCAAGCAAGGGUAUUGUAUGGAUCCAGUCGUCAGCCACGAUGAUGCACAAAGACUGCCCUAUUUGCAAGCUGCGAUCAAGGAAGCGUUGCGAAUUUUUGCUCCUGUUCCCAUGGGCUUACCUCGUGUUGCACCCAAGGGCGGUGUGAAGAUUGGUGGUGUUUUCUUUCCAGAAGGCACAGUGUUGUCGGUCAAUCCAUAUGUUUUAAUGAGGGACAAAGAGAUUUGGGGCCCAGAUGCUGAUGAAUUCAACCCCGAUCGCUGGUUUGAACCAGAUGCCGCGUUGCUUGAAAAGCAUUUCUGUCCUUGGGGCUUGGGAUGGGCGUCUUGCCCUGGACAGCAUAUCGCUCGCAUCCAACUCUCCAAGAUCGGUGCUACCAUGAUGAGAGAUUACGAGUUCAAACAAGUACAACCAGGCAAAGAAUGGGAAUGGAUGGCCUACUUUAUUUGCGUUCCUAAACAUUGGCCGGUAUACAUUUCAAAGAGACGCUCGACAUGA